UCAAGCCACGCGGCGGCCGUGGCAGUUGUGUGGUCGACUUGCCGAAUGGUUGUUGAGGUUACUGCUUGCCACCCAACACAAUCAGGCGAGCUCCGCAUCCUCACUCCUGAAUUUGCCAAGUUUUGCCACCUGAAGCUUGCUCUAGCAAGGCACCUCAACUGUGACCUGCGCUCCAUUCACUUGGUGCGGAAGGGCGCCAGAGCAUAUUCGGCGUACCGGGACGAGGACUUUGUGGACGAGACCAGGCAACUGGUGAUUGUGGGGGUUGAUUUUAACAAGUCUGCUUGCGACGUGAUCGAAGUCAGUCCCGAAGACAUGGUGGAGGACAGCUUUGGUAGGGUCAAGCCCCGUCCUUCCCGCAACGUGCAUGCCGGGAACGAAGAGGAUGAACCCCCGCCUUUGGUGCCAGGCAGCGGUUUCGGCACGUUCGGCGGUCUCGGCGGCAUUCGCGGUUUCAGCACCCUUGGCAGCCUGGGCAGCAGAGGCUUGAUCGCCCACAAGGCCCAAGCUGCAGCCAGCAGUGACGAAGAACUUGAGGAGGAUCCCACGAUCACCUAUGAGGAAGUUACAGGUUUGCAACGAGAGCUUCGCGAUAGUUUUGCGGAUCCCAAGUUCCAGGCCAAGCUGCAGGUCAUAGAGCAAAAAGCCGAUGGUCCAGGUGAGCUCGCCAGAAGAAGGCAGGAGCUGAUGCUGGAGGUGCAGAGCGUGGUUCUGCCGAAAUACGGCUUUGAGGGUUCCAGGGCAGGUGUCUACAAAAUGAUGGCGGCCAUGGGGCCAUAUGCCGCCACCUUUGCCGAUGGCUGGAAGACCAUGUCAAGCAAUGUGUCGAAAUGGAACAAGGUAGAGCAGCCGGAAUUCACAGACCUGGCGGAAGAGAUCAACAGCCUGCUUGGUCUUCGGUCUCCUCCAGAGACAUGGCGAGGAUUAUCAAGAGCCUGUGCCAGGGCCAGCAAGGAGCAGGUGCCCACUGGCCUUGAUGGCCUGGAUGGAGGCAGCAAUGGUUAUCCGGGUGGGAAAGCAAUGCCAAACGGCAUGAGUGGCAAGGAGACCUACGACAAUGUGAAAGGGAUCGCCCAGCCUGGGGUGUGGCCUUCGGACAGGGACCCGCCCUUCAAGCUCUCCAUAGCUGGCAGCUGGAAUGGCUUCGUGCCAGAUGAGAUGGAGUGGGAAGAUGGCCUGUUUGUUUUCCCCAUGGAGGUUGGCGAUGAUGGUUGGGAUUCUUUCCAGCUGCUUCGUAACGGCAGCUGGGACCACGUCAUCUACCCAAGCAUCGACGAGGCGGGUGCGAACGACAAAUACACGAUUUGCGGACCGGACAGCGGCGGCGAUGACAGGCAGUGGCAGAUCGGAAAAUCAGAGGCUGAAGAGGCCACCCCGGGAUCUCAUUUUGUUGUGUGCGUAUCCCUGGACGACAAGGGCAAGGUGAGCCGAGUGUCAUGGGAGAAGCUGUGAUGCGACCGCCACACCGAGUCGCAUGUUUUGAAACGUGUUUUCUUUGGCUGCCGGCAACCCACCAUGUUUUGUUGGUA